CGUCCGCGAGCGCCUGCGCAUUGGUCCGGAACCAAGAUGGCGGCGCCCAGCGGAGCCUACUGGACCGCGCUGCUCUUGGUGGCAGCGGCGCUGACGUUGGCGGCCGCUGUGUCCGAGCCCACCACCGUGCCGUUUGACGUGAGACCAGGAGGCGUCGUACAUUCCUUCUCCCAGGACGUUGGGCCCGGGGGCAAGUUUGCAUGCACAUUUACAUAUGCUUCCCAAGGAGGGACCAAUGAGCAAUGGCAGAUGAGUCUGGGGACGAGCGAAGACAGUCAGCACUUCACUUGUACCAUCUGGAGGCCCCAGGGGAAGUCCUACCUCUACUUCACACAGUUCAAGGCUGAGGUGCGGGGUGCUGAGAUCGAGUACGCCAUGGCCUAUUCCAAAGCUGCGUUUGAGAGAGAGAGUGAUGUCCCCCUUAAAAAAGAAGAAUUUGAAGUGACCAAGACAGCAGUGUCUCACAGGCCUGGGGCCUUCAAGUCUGAGCUCUCCAAGCUGGUGAUAGUAGCCAAGGCGGCACGCUCAGAGCUGUGACUCUCACCUAUCGUGGGUUGUCCCAUCCUCCUCAGGCACACUUGCCCCAACUACUUGCCUGGGACACGGGUUCCCACAGGAGCUGGUGUUACCCUGUUUACAGCUCGCACUGAGACACUCUGCUGAACUCCGAGUCCUGUCACCCAUGUCACCAGGGAAAGUGCAGGACAUGCUGGGUGGGACUGAGAGGCUUCCUGUCUCUCCUGAAGUCAGGUAUGGUUUCCCCUCUGAGCCACAGAUGAGCAUCCUCAUCCCUGGGACUGUUUACCCCACCCAAGGCACCUCCAUUCACAAGCAGGGGAAAGGACAGAACAAAUAAAUAAAUAACCACCCCA